AUGCGGGGAAGGUCAUUUCUCAAGCGAUUGCACGAAACAGCCAUCGGAUCCCACCGCAAGUGCGCUGUAUAUUUGCGGAGCCGUAUGCAGCCUCGUGUAAUGGAUGCCUUUUAUUUUUACAAAAGUCUCAUCUCAACUCUCAAAAGACACGAAGCGAUCAAAUACAACAUUCAUUCGACCCGUAAGUUCUCAGUAAUGCCACAAAAUGACUCCGCUCCAAGCACUAAUCAAAAAUAUAAACAAUCAUACGCCGAUAUCACAGCAUUACAAUGCAUCACCCAUCUCAGUUUAACCUGA